AUGGGUUCCAUCUCAACUUCUCCAUCUCUUAUCACUGAGCUUGCAACAGCUGUAUCCUCGGCAGCUCAGGAACUGGAAAGGCAAUUGGAGUCUCAGGGCCUUCCAAAACCAUCAUUCCAAGCUGAUGGACCAACAUAUGUUGUUCCUAAGAGUGCGCCCAAAGCAGCCCAUGAAGCCCGUGUGGCAACCGCAGAGGCGGCCUUCAAGCUUUUCAAUCUAGUGUCUGGUCCCAGCGAGCUCUUGCCAAACAUAACAGCUAGUUACCACACUAUCUUUGCACUUCAAUGGCUACAUCAUUUUGAUAUCUUUUCUCAUGUUCCACUGGACGCACCAGUGUCAUACGAAGAAUUAGCCGUCAAGUCCAAUGUGCCUGAGUCUUUACUGAAGGGUAUUUCACGUAUGGCCAUGACAAACAAUAUCCUGACAGAACCAACUACGGGCUACGUCACUCACACGGCCAACUCUGCCAUGUUUCUGAAGUUUCCCAACACCCGCGAUUGGGCUUCAUACAUGUUCACUGCCUCCAUCCCAACUGCUGCUGCCAUGGUCACAGCUACAGAGAAAUGGCCAGGGAGCGUCAAGAAGACUGAGACAGCGUACAACGUGGCAUUCCACCAUGAUUUGCCCUUCUUUGAUCACCUGUCUCAGAGCCCCGUCUUGACAAAGCAAUUUUCUGGUUACAUGAAGAGCGUGACGGAUGGUCAGGGUAUGGAUCUAUCUCACCUUGUUCACGGGUUCGAUUGGACCAGCUUGCCAGACAAGUCUUUGAUUGUCGAUAUCGGCGGUUCCUCAGGUCAUGCAAGUUAUGCUCUUGCCGCUGCUUUUCCUCAUCUUCGCUUCGAGGUGCAGGACCUCGACACCGUGGUCAACGGAGAAAAGGCGGCCCAAGAACAUGAGAAAGCUGCAAAGGAAUUCCUACCGGGUAGUCAAUCUCGGGUGUUCUUUAAGGCACACAACUUCUUCCACCAGCAGCCGACCAAAGAUGCGUCUGUGUACCUGUUGCGAAUGAUAAUUCACGAUUGGCCGGAUACCGAAGCAAAGACUAUCCUGGGCAACAUUGUCCCAGCACUCGAGUCAGCUCAAGGCACUCUUCUCAUCAUGGACACGGUGCUUCCGGCUCCUGGGACUCUGCCGUCGGUGCGCGAGCGAGUUAUAAGAACGCGUGAUUUGACAAUGCGGCAGGUUUUCAACGCGAAGGAACGCGGUAUUGACGACUGGGAGGCGCUUUUACGCGAAUCGGACCCUAGGCUUGUUUUGAGGAAUGUCCGACAACCCGAGGGGAGCAACAUGAGUUUGUUGACGAUUGGCUUACAGGAUUAG